AUGUCUCAGAACAUUUCUGACUUUGUGAUCAGAUUUAAAGAGCUAAUCAGAGGAGAGCGAGAUGAGAUGGUGGUGGUUAUCUAUGAGAGUGUAGAUGCUGUUAGUUGUCCUGACCCCAACACAGAGAUGGAGGACACCAACAGCAAGAGGAGACCAGAAAGUCUCAACACAGAGAGCAGAUACAGCAGACUGGCUGCAGUGUGUCUGGGGCUGCUCUGUGUUCUCCUGCUGACUGCCAUCACAGAUGGAUUCUGGGAAAUGUUUUUGAAACUGGAACAAGGCUGGAGAUACUUCAACUUCAGUCUUUACUACAUCUCUACUGAGAAGAAGAGCUGGAGUGAGAGCAGACAGUUCUGCACAGAGAGAGGAGCAGACCUGGUGAUCAUAAACAGCAGAGAAGAACAGGAGUUCAUCAGUAAAGAAUUUGGCAGCACUGAAGCUUGGAUUGGUCUGAUGGACAUGGAGAAAGAGGGGGUCUGGAAAUGGGUGGACAACUCAGCACUGACCACUGAGUAAGAGACCUCUGAACUGAACUCUGCUCAUGAUGCAGUUAUUCACUCUCUCUAAGAAGGUCUAGAGGUGUAAUAGUGAAGAUAAUCUGAUUCUCUGUGUUUCAGGUUCUGGUUGAAGGGGGAACCCAAUGAUUUUAAU